CCGCCGCCAUGUUGUUUUGCUUCGUUGUCAGCAGUAGCAGAGAGGAGCGGCGGCAGCAGAGCGGAGGUGAGUCCCACCUUUACCUGUUUACAGACCCUCACCUGGACCCUACAGACCUCCACCUUCACCUGGACUCUGUCAGCUCACCUGUCGGUCCGCCCUGAACCUGUCAGGUGUGUGGGGUUAAUGACGCAGCAGUUUUCUUCAGUGUAGUUAGCUCAAAGUUAGCUCGAACUGGACUCUGAUAAACCGGUUUCUGUGUCUGUUGGAGGGAAAACUCGGGAGUCCAGGUCCAGGUGAAACUCAGUUCUCCUCACCUGUGCAGGUGAGAGAUGUUCAGACUGUGAGCUGGAACAGCAUCCAGGUUUUAGAGGAAAACAAACUUUUUUAUGUGUCAGAGGAACUAACUGACUCACCUGAGUUACCUGCAGGACCACGGUCCGGUCCAGGACCACGGUCCGGUCCAUUUGGACCUCAAGUUCUUCACUUUGACUGUAAUUCGCAGAUCUCUGAGUCAUUCGGGUUCCUCUGUGUUAAUUUCCUUAAAUAUGCAGAAAUCUGAAUGGGGUUUGGUUCUGGAGGUGGGCGGGUUUAGGUGGACCUGGGGUUUAGUUCGGACCCGGUUCGAUUUUAAAAGAACUUUUAGGGUCUUUGAGGAUUUCCAGGACCGUCUCGAAACUGUAGACCAGAUGUGAAAAGGUCCUGAUACCACCUCCCCCCUAACAGAACCCCACCCUGCAGACAGACCACCAACCAAACCCCGUUCAAAGUUUGUGUGUUUUAAGCAGGUUCACGGUGUCUGACCCCCCCACAGUCUGUUAGUGUGGACUCUGUGUGUUCUGGUCCGGUCUGUGGACCUGCAGUUAGAGGUCUGGGUCCAGGUCUUAGUUAUCCCCUAUACUGCAGUACAGUUUCUGACCCCCCCACAGCUUUUUCCUCACAGUGUCCGACCCUCCCCGUCUCCCAGCGUUGCCAUGGCGACCUUCCCAGAGUACAUCACUCAGAAUGAGGACCGUGACGGCGUGCGGUUCAGCUGGAACGUGUGGCCGUCCAGCCGACUGGAGGCGACCCGGAUGGUGGUCCCCGUGGCGUCCCUGUUCACGCCGCUGAAGGAGCGCCCGGACCUGCCCCCCAUCCAGUACGAGCCGGUCCUCUGCAGCCGGGCCACCUGCCGCGCCGUGCUCAACCCGCUGUGGUACGUAACAUUACACACCUGAGUGAUGUCAUAGUCAGGGUCAGAGGACAGGUAGAGCGGUUAUUUACCUGUGUGUGUGUGUGUGUGUGUGUGUGUGUGUGUUUGUUACAGUCAGGUGGACUACAGAGCCAAACUGUGGGCGUGUAACUUCUGUUACCAGAGGAACCAGGUAAAACACACACACACAAAACUCAUGUUCCUAUAGAUGUGAGGACUCACACACACACACACAAAACACAUAUUAGUAUAGAUGUGGGGACUAACACGUGCGCGCACACACACACACACACACAGCUGUGACUGGCUAUCAAAGCGUGGACUUUAUUGCCGUGAUAAUCUGUUAUUUGAUACAUGAGUGUCCUUUCACAUCCUGGUCCAGGUCUUAUCUCUUGAGGGUUCAGGUUCGAGUCCACCUGGGAGUUCCAUGAUUUUAAAGAUGGCGUUCCUCAGGAUCAGCUGUUUUUCUCUCUGUAUUUCAGUUUCCUCCGUCCUACGCCGGGAUCUCUGAGGUGAACCAGCCCGCUGAGCUGCUGCCUCAGUUCUCCACCAUCGAGUAUGUGGUCCAGGUAAGACCGAGGGACAGGGUCAGACCGACCAGCAGGUGAAAAAUGACCAUGAAUAACACACUGGGUGGGGGGGUCUCUGUCCUCAGCGAGGUCCUCAGAUGCCGCUGAUCUUCCUGUACGUGGUGGACACCUGUAUGGAGGACGAGGACCUGCAGGCCCUGAAGGAGUCCCUGCAGAUGUCCCUGUCCCUGCUGCCUCCCACCGCGCUGGUCGGUCUCAUCACGUUCGGCCGCAUGGUCCAGGUCCACGAGCUGGGCUGUGAGGGGAUCUCCAAAAGCUACGUGUUCAGGGGGACCAAAGACCUGAACGCCAAACAGCUCCAGGUACCAAAACCCAGACCUGACCCCCUUUGAAGUCAUGUUCUGUUGUCUCAGAUUUAGGGUCCUGCUGAUCGACCGACUGCAGGAAACAGGUUUAAUAUGUUGUCAUGGUGACGUAAACACAGGCUCAAAACAACCUGACCUGAGGGCCCUGCAGGGGGCGCUAACUACCACCAUAACUCAUCCAUCAUCUGGAUCUGCUGCGGUCUAACACGGUCCUCCAGGAGGAUCAUGAGGUGUCCUUUACUGUUGCUAGGUAACAGACUGACCUCACGGUGACCUCUGUGUGACUUUCAGGAGAUGCUCGGUCUGACCAAACCUGCAGCAGCUCAGGGACGAGGACCACAGGCCGCCCCCCAGCCUCUGUCCAACAGGUGAGCACGAGAAUCAAAGACGUUUACGGGCCGCCAGACUCCUCGCCAUCGCCCCCCUCUGACUCCUCCCCUCUGUCCUCAGGUUCCUGCAGCCCGUGCAGAAGAUCGACAUGAACCUCACUGACCUGUUGGGGGAGCUGCAGCGUGACCCCUGGCCCGUCACUCAGGGGAAGAGGCCUCUGCGCUCGCUGGGCGUGGCCAUGUCCAUCGCCGUGGGGCUGCUAGAGGUGAGGGGGAGGCGGGUCCAGCUUUAGACCAAUCAGGGUCAGUUUGUGUCACACAGAGUCUGUUUUUACCCACAGUGCACCUUUCCCAACACGGGAGCCCGAAUCAUGACCUUCAUCGGGGGGCCCGCCACCCAGGGGCCCGGCAUGGUGGUGGGAGACGAGCUGAAGAUCCCGAUCAGGUCCUGGCACGACAUCGAGAAGGACAACGCCAAGUUCAUGAAGAAGGCCACCAAGGUGAGAGAGACACGUUCAGGUGUGGAGACGGCGUCCUCUGAGCGCGCUCAGACUGAUGAGCUGAUCUCAUCGUCUCCCUGUUUUUCUCGCAGCACUACGAGUCUCUGGCGAACAGAGCGUCCACCAACGGUCACAUCAUCGACAUCUACGCCUGCGCUCUGGACCAGACCGGCCUGCUGGAGAUGAAGUGCUGCGCCAACUACACCGGGUCAGAACUCGCCGACCCGUCUGUGCGGCGGGAUCCUUCUGUCCUCUCACUUCCUGUCCCUCUCUUACUUCCUGUCCCUCUCUUACUUCCUGUCCCUCUCUCACUUCCUGUUCCUCUCUUACUUCCUGUCCCUCUUACUUCCUGUCCCUCUCUUACUUCCUGUCCCUCUCUUACUUCCUGUCCCUCUUACUUCCUGUCCCUCUCUUACUUCCUGUCCCUCUCUUACUUCCUGUUCCCCUUACUUCCUGUCCCUCUCUUACUUUCUGUCCCUCUCUUACUUCCUGUUCCCCUUACUUCCUGUCCCUCUCUUACUUCCUGUCCCUCUCUCACUUCCUGUCCCUCUCUCACUUCCUGUCCCUCUCUUACUUCCUGUCCCUCUCUUACUUCCUGUCCCUCUCUUACUUCCUGUCCCUCUCUUACUUCCUGUCCCUCUUACUUCCUGUCCCUCUCUUACUUCCUGUUCCCCACUACUUCCUGUCCCUCUCUUACUUCCUGUCCCUCUUACUUCCUGUCCCUCUCUUACUUCCUGUCCCUCUCUCACUUCCUGUCCCUCUCUUACUUCCUGUCCCUCUCUUACUUCCUGUUCCCCUUACUUCCUGUCCCUCUCUUACUUCCUGUCCCUCUCUUACUUCCUGUUCCCCUUACUUCCUGUCCCUCUCUUACUUCCUGUCCCUCUUACUUCCUGUCCCUCUCUUACUUCCUGUUCCCCACUACUUCCUGUUCCUCUCUUACUUCCUGUCCCUCUUACUUCCUGUCCCUCUCUUACUUCCUGUCCCUCUCUCACUUCCUGUCCCUCUCUUACUUCCUGUCCCUCUCUUACUUCCUGUCCCUCUCUCACUUCCUGUCCCUCUCUUACUUCCUGUCCCUCUCUUACUUCCUGUCCCUCUCUCACUUCCUGUCCCUCUCUUACUUCCUGUCCCUCUCUUACUUCCUGUCCCUCUCUCACUUCCUGUCCCUCUCUUACUUCCUGUCCCUCUCUUACUUCCUGUCCCUCUCUCACUUCCUGUCCCUCUCUUACUUCCUGUCCCUCUCUUACUUCCUGUUCCUCUCUCACUUCCUGUCCCUCUUACUUCCUGUUCCUCUCUCACUUCCUGUCCCUCUUACUUCCUGUUCCUCUCUCACUUCCUGUCCCUCUCUUACUUCCUGUCCCUCUCUUACUUCCUGUUCCUCUCUCACUUCCUGUCCCUCUCUCACUUCCUGUUCCUCUCUUACUUCCUGUCCCUCUCUUACUUCCUGUCCCUCUCUCACUUCCUGUCUCUCUCUUACUUCCUGUCCCUCUCUCACUUCCUGUCCCUCUCUUACUUCCUGUCCCUCUCUUACUUCCUGUUCCUCUCUCACUUCCUGUCCCUCUCUUACUUCCUGUUCCUCUCUUACUUCCUGUCCCUCUCUUACUUCCUGUCCCUCUCUCACUUCCUGUCUCUCUCUUACUUCCUGUCCCUCUCUCACUUCCUGUCCCUCUCUCACUUCCUGUCCCUCUCUCACUUCCUGUCCCUCUCUUCCUGCAGAGGUUACAUGGUGAUGGCCGACUCCUUCAACACGUCUCUAUUCAAACAAACCUUUCAGCGAGUUUUCACCAAAGACGUUCAGGGGUCCUUUAAGAUGGCGUUCGCCGCCACGCUGGAGGUCAAGGUGAGGUAAACCCAGCUGACUGAGGUCAUGUGACCUGAUCAAUCAGAGAACAUCUGAAUGUUCAGAGGUUGUUCUUCCAGCAGAGGGCGCUGAUGAGCUGUUUUGGUGUUUUGGUCGGAUUCAGCUCGUUCACUCUGAGAGCAGGUGACCUCAGAUGACGCAGAGGCCCCGCCCCCUGCUCACCUGUCUGACAGAUGAAGCAGAGGCCCCGCCCCCUGCUCACCUGUCUGACAGAUGAAGCAGAGGC